AUGGCAAAGAAGUUCUUCAGCGGAUGGGAGAUAUGGGAGAAGUUGGUCUUCAUACUGGCAUGCGCAAUGGUGGUUACGGUUAUUCUGGGAAGUUUGAAACUAAUAUAUGCGCAUGGGCGACUCCGCAAGUUCUCCGCCAUUGCUGAGCAAGAGCGGGUCGAGCAAUCCAUGCAGCGUACAAUGAGUCAGCGGUCCGCGAGGCCGGAGAGUGAAGUUGUGCCGUUCGGGAUACGCGCGAUUGAGAGUGGGAUCCAGGUGGAAGGUCUUUGGAUCUCUCGGGGCAAUACACCGGACCCUGGAAGUGAGAACGCUUCGGCGGCGUCUUCGCCAGUUGAGCAAUCGCCAGUGAAGACAUUCAACGCCGCCGUCGACGGGCAGCAGGCUAGGUCAGCCAAAGCGGACCACAUUCUAUCACUUCUCAGGCCGGAUUUUCGAGAGGACUUGCAAUCAAGGAGCAGAACCAGCCAUGACGAGGCCUCCGAAGCCAUCAGCAAACCGCAGCGCAGCAGAUAUCCACCGCUCUCUUACGCCAAGUACGAGUAUCAACCCUACAUUGCUUGUCCGUCUCAGCCUGUCCGGACGCUGGAAGGCCUGGAUGCGAUUCAUAAAGCAUCGACUUCCCUCCGUGUGGACGAGUACAAUACCAACAGCGACUCCUCGCAUCGGUCGAGCGACAGCACGGGCGACAUUGACUCCAUCUCGGCAUAUGCUCCUGCACUCUUUACGGGCCAGACGCCAUCCGCUCCAAAAAUACCGUCCGCAAAUGACUUGGAUCUGCUCAACAGUCGCAGAGUAUUCCAAGCUGCAGAGACUGGACAGCUGACACCUCGAGGACGGCGGCCAGGGCAGAGCGCCAGUGUAGACUUGACAGGAUUGCGAGGACCGAACAGACUCUCCACGUCUGUAGAAGGUCGGCCAUCCACAAGAUCGUCCAGCUCUGACACGGGCACUGCGGCAGCGCUCUCGUCAGCGAAAAUAGCAGCUCUGCCGCCGGCGGUGCGCAGGUCAAGCAUGCCUGACGUGACGCCCUUUACGGAGUUCUGCAAGCGGACCUCGCAGGACAGAGGGCCUGCGACUCCUCGUGCAAGGAGCAGAGACAGCGCCCUGAGCAGUCAGGCAGUCAGUGAGAGCCCGGUCGACUCCGCUGCCUCCAGCCCUAUCAUGCUUGCCUCAGCAGGCGCAGCAGAACUGAAGCUACCGCCGCCAAAGCGAACGUCGUUUGUGAAAGGGCCGUCGCAGGUGGUUCGUGGGCAUGGCACUGGAUUCGAGAUCUUGAUGCCUGGCACAUUGAACCCGCCCAUGCCGGGCGAUCAUCCGAUGGAAAGGGAGAGAGCAGCACCGCCGAUAUCUCUGCAGAACUCAUCGCGCGCUCGGUCGAGGAGCGAAGAUGGAAAGUCGAAGCUGCAGAAGAAGCGCCAGCCGAGCAUGGACUCUUCUUCGAGUCGUUCGACGGCGAGCAGGCGGAGCAGGAUCAGUCUGUUUGCCUGA